AUGGUCAAGUGGGCAAGUGAACGAGGACUUUUACGCAUCCAGUAAAACCCAAAACCCUGUCUCUCGACCGCCGUGGAAUACGACUGAACAACCCAGAUAGUGGUUCUGCAUAUCAGUACCACAGCCAUGGUCAGAUUGAUUUCUUUCACUACUUUCGCUUCCAAAACCAAAAGGUAUGUUGCUGGAGAUCUAAAACCCUCACUCUUUUCUCUUCAAACUCAUCACUUCCUCUGCACACACACCAUUGUCUCUCCAAAACUAGAGCACAGUUUUACGGUGAAUUACUUGAUAAACUCAUGUGGGUUGUCACCGGAAGGAGCAGUUUCAGCAUCCAAGCGCGUCAAGUUGGGUUCCGCAGCAAGAGCAGACUCCGUUCUGGCCCAUUUCAGAAACCAUGGCUUCUCUGGAACCCAGAUCGCACAGGUUAUGAGGUCAUGCCCAAAAUUCCUUACUGCCGAUUUUGAGAAAACCCUUUUGCCAAAGCUCGAGUAUUUCAGCUCUGUUGGACUUUCAAGGCAGGACCUUGCCAGAGUUGUGUCUUCGAAUCCAAAUUUUUUGGGACACAGCUUGGAGAAACAGAUUAUACCGGUACAUAAAUUUAUUAGGAGUUUGCUUUCUGAGCAAGAUGUUAUUGCAGUUUUGAAGCGUGGCUCUCGGAUUUUUUCGGCUAACCAGUGUAAUAUUCUGGUGCCAAAUAUUAAGCUUUUGAUAGAAUUGGGUAUGCCGCAAUCAUGCAUUUCUCGGUUGCUUACUCAUUGUACUAAUGAUGUGAUUGUAAACCAUGAAAAGUUUGCGAAAGCUGUGCAUGAGGCCAAGGAAAUGGGAUUUGAUAUGGAAAACUCGAGAUCGUUGUGGGCAAUACGUGCAUUGUGUAGAAAGAAUAAGCUGGAUCAUUGUCGCCAAGUUUAUAUGAUGAGGUGGGGUUGGUCUGAGGAUGAUGUUCUCUCUGCCUUCAGGAUGCACCCUCCCUGUAUGAUUAUCUCGGUGAAAAAGUUAAUGCAAGUAAUGGAUUUUUUGGUGAACAAGAUGGGAUGGGCUUCGCGAAUGAUUGCCAAACACCCUCUGGUUUUGUCAUUCAGUUUUGAGAAGAGGAUAAUCCCAAGGUGUUCUGUUGUUAAGGUUUUGAUGUUGCGAGGGUUGAAAAACAAAAAUUUGAAUUUGAAUUAUGUUUUACAGCCUGCGGAGAAAGAAUUCUUGGAGAAAUUCGUGACUAAAUACAUUGACCGAGUACCUCAAUUGCUGAGUGUGUACCAAGGGAAUGUGGAUAUCCAAGAUGCAAAAGUUUUAGUCCCCUGAUGCUGCACUACUUAUUUACUAGCAGGGUUCCGUGGUCUUCAUUUAUAACUUGUUGGAGAACAAUGCUAGAUGGUCUUGUUUCUUUUUCUUUCAAUGGUAAAAAUUAUAGUUUGAUUAACAUUCAAUAUCAGAAGGGACUACAAGGCCUGGCUAAUGUAUGUGCAUCCAUAUUCCAACUGCAAUGCCUUUGUUGGACUGUCACUGUAUUCAGGUUAUGUAUAGCCCUACUUUACUUCGUCAUGGGUCCUUCCGUAGCCUAAAGUUCUUCUUAUGGGAGAGCAAGGAGCAUCUGUGGUGCAUCUUCCACCAAUCUGUAGGCCUGUGUUGGACUAUUGUUCAUUUAUUCAAUAUUUGCUGUAGAAGGGACUGGCUUCUAUGUAGAAACCUCACAUCUCUUUUGCCGAUGAUUGGAGCACCAAGUAUGUCAACUUCUCAAGUAAGCAUUGAAUUCAGUUAUUGAUUGUUUAUCAAGGGAAACUGGUAUUCUGGGUGUGGUAUGUGUGUUUAUACAUUUAAAUCGUAAUAUUGUGCAGUUAUUAGAUUAUGACAGUUUCUAGGCCCUUUGUAAAUUGUGACUGCUGCACCGACUCCUAGCAGGAGAUAGCUUAUGGCACCACAUGAUUAAUUGAGGAAUACCAUUAUUUAUGUUGA